AUGCCCUCCCUCAAGCGUGUACAGCUAUCUACGGAUGAUGAGGAAAGCGAUGGCUCCGAUAUGAGUUCUUCAGUACGACUUCCAACACGAGACGACCCCCCAGCAAUCCUGGAACUAACAACUUACCAGAGAAAACGACAGCGGGCAAACUCAGGGAGUUCAAGCUCAGACUCACCGUCCUCUCCAGUCCCGCCGGGCGCUGUUAACGGCAUCAGUCAAUCGUUUCUCGAAGUCCAUGACGAUGCGCUUCUCGACGACGACGAACUCGACCUUCGCCAGACACAGAUCAUACAAGAAAAAUACUCUCAGUUGAUCGAUGAAGCCAACGUUCCCGCUGAACAUGGCAUCCUUGAACGCGUGGAGUGCUACAACUUCAUGUGCCAUGAUCACUUCUACGUCGACCUGGGCCCCCUCAUCAACUUCAUUGUUGGAAAGAACGGCAGUGGUAAAAGUGCGAUUCUGACAGCGAUUACUCUUUGUCUCGGUGGCAAAGCAUCUGCGACGAACCGUGGACAGAGUUUGAAAAACUUCAUCAAAGAGGGCAAAGAAAACGGUACAAUCAUCGUUCGCAUCAAGAAUCAAGGUGAUGGCGCCUAUAUGCCUGACGAUUUUGGUUCUACUAUCAUUGUCGAGCGUCACUUCUCCCGAAAUGGCACCAGCGGGUUCAAGAUCAAGUCAGAGAAUGGGCGCAUCGUCUCGACUAAGAAAGCCGAGUUGGAUGCAAUCACUGACUAUUUUUCUUUGCAAAUCGAGAACCCCAUGAACGUACUCUCGCAAGAUAUGGCCCGUCAGUUUUUGAGUACAUCAAGCCCGGCUGAGAAAUACAAAUUCUUUGUCAAAGGUGUCCAACUGGAACAGCUCGACCACGAUUAUCGACUGGUUGAGGAAUCCCUCGACUCAAUUGAAGAGAAAGUCAGGACAUCCGUCGAGGAUUUACAAAUCCUCGAAAAUCGUAAAGAAUUGGCUAAGAAAAAGCUCGAAAUUUCCGACCAACACGACUCUCUCCGAGCGCGGGUGAGAAAUAUCCGAAGUCAAAUGGCUUGGGCUCAAGUUGAGGAGCAAGAACGGAUGGAAUUAUCCCUCACCGAGCAGAUCGCCGAGGCCAGCCAGAAAAUUGCGGCGGCUGAAUCCGAUCUCACUCGCUUUGAUACCGCCUUCGAUCAAGUUACCGCUGAGGAGACUGCCGCUGGUGAACACGCCUGGAGGGCUGCUGUGGCAGUCAAUACAGCCCAGGAAGAGAGGGACAAAACGCAGGAAACAUUGGACGCGGAGGUGAAAAAGCGGCAUGACCUACAGGCAGAGCAACGGCAGAUUCGGGCUUACCUAAAAGCUGCCGAAUCUAGAAUUCGAGAUACUCAGCAAAAGAUCGAUGACGAAAACCAGCGUCUGGCUGAUGCGAGCGACGGCGGCUACGCUCGAAAACAAGACGAGUGUGAAAAAGCGGCCAAUGACGCCACUGCUGCCCAAAAGGAAUAUGACGAGCACCGCGCAGGUGCCGCUGGCCUCCAGGAAGCUAUUGACCGUGCACAAACAAAGGUAACAGAAGCAGCAGCUCCACUUGGGCGGAAAGAGAGUGAAAUUGGACAAGCGGAAGACCAACUGAGGAAUCUCAUGAAAGAGGGUGGAUCAAGACGGUCCGGUUUCAAUUCCAAGAUCCCUGAGCUCCUCAGGGCGAUUCAGCAAGAACGAUCUUUCGAGUCACCCCCUGUCGGCCCAAUCGGUCAUCAUGUCACUCUGCUAAAACCGAAGUGGUCAUCUAUUGUGGAGAGAAUGUUUGGUGCCACCCUUACCAGUUUCAUCGUCUCAUCCAAGAAAGACAUGCAACUUCUUUCUAGGAUCAUGCGCGAGAUUCGAUGCAACUUUCCAAUCUUGAUCGGCUCUGGUGGCCAUCUGGAUACCUCGGCCCACGAACCAGACUCCCGAUUUGAUACUGUGUUGCGAAUACUUCAGAUCGACAACGAAUUAGUGCGGGGACAACUGAUCAUCAACCAUGGAAUAGAACAAACGCUCUUGAUCGAGGACGUGAAAGAAGCUUCCUCUGUGCUGUUUGACGGCGCACAGCCACGGAACGUCAAGCGUUGUUACUCCAUUGACGCACAAGAUAGGCGUCGAGGGUUUUUUCUGUCGUACAAUCGAGCCGGAGAACCAAGUCAAGCACCAGUUGCGGGGUGGACCGACGGGCCGCGCAUGAAAUCCGAUGUAGUAUUGCAAAUCAAUGCACAAAGAGACAUCAUUAGCGAUCUCAAACGUCAAAAAUUUGAGAUCGAACAAGGAUUGGAAACUGCCAAGUCAAACUUGAAAGCCUGUCAAGAGGCAAAACUCCGCCACGCAAAAGCCGAGAAAGAAUUGCAAGACCGAAUGCAACGAAAGGCUGAGCAUGCUGAGGGACUCAGAGAUGCUUUGGAUAAAGAGAACGCCGAAGACGGACGGCUCGAUGCCCUCCAAGCAGCUCUCAAGGAAGCCGAAGAUGACAAGCAGAUCAACGAGGGCUCUUACAACGACAGCAAAGCGGCCAUGGAUGCCAAGUUGCAGACGCUCAAAGAAUUUCGCCGAGAAAUACUUGCUCAUGACACCAAUCUCGGAACCCUCCGGGAGAAAUUACAAGUUGCUGAGAGCGAGCAGAAUCUCGUGAAAUCGAAAAAGACCGAAAUAAUCACUCAUAAAAACGAAGCUGUCGCACUCAUCAACCAAGAUAAACAGACAAAAGCCAAAAUCGAAACGAGAAGGGAGCAGGUGAGGGCGCGGGUCCGGGAAUACAACGAAAAGGCUGGUUUGGUCUCUGCUCGGGUCCCCGUGGAUGAAGGAGAAACGCCCACCAGCCUCGACAAAAAGCUUGAUCGAUUAUCCCGUGAUCUAGAACGCUACAACUCCGAGUUGGGAAGUUCUCGUGAGGAAAUUGCAGCCGAGGCAGUAAGGACUGCUGCAGCAUAUGAUCGAGCUCUACGGCAAGUCGAGCAGUUAUCGGCACUGAGUCAAGCCCUCAAAGAUACUCUCCAAAACCGCAAGAAGCGAUGGGAAAUUUUCCGAUCCCACAUUUCCUCUCGAGCCAAAGCACAAUUCACCUACCUCUUGAGUGAGAGAAGCUUCCGUGGUCGACUUCUAGCUGACCAUAUCAAUAAACGACUAGAACUACAGGUUGAACCCGAUAUCACUAGAAAUGAUGGCACUGGUAGAGACGCAAAGACACUGUCCGGCGGAGAAAAGUCAUUCUCGCAAGUCUGUCUUUUGCUGUCACUCUGGGAAGCAAUGGGAUCUCCUAUUCGCUGUCUUGAUGAAUUUGAUGUGUACAUGGAUCAUAUCAACCGAAAGAUGGCCAUUGAUAUGCUCAUGGUUGCGGCUCGACGAUCUAUUGGGCGACAAUUUAUCCUGAUCACCCCCGGUACUAAGACCGACAUCACCAUUUCUGCAGAUGUCCGAGUGAAGGAAUUAGCAGAGCCUGAGCGUGGUCAGACAACAUUAUCCUUCCGCUGA